CGCCUCACAACGAACAGUGUGCUGGAAACCCUCCAGAAGAAGAAGAGGAAGGAGGAAGAGGAAGUAAGCCGCUGUGGUAUUCAGAACACAUGUAUCGCUCUCUCCGGUUCCCUGCAGCCGGACACGGUGCUCAGUUCACUUAGGUUUUUUUCGGGAAAUCCACAAAAUCGAGCCGAUGGACGAAGCACUUGUUCGAGCCAGGAUUCCUCGAGACCUGGUGAAGGUUCUUGGUGUUGAGUCUCAGACCAGCUCUAAAGCGGAGGCAUUCACCCAGGCGUUCCUAAAGAGCAGCAUUCAGCAGCACACACGACAUGAUCUGAAGAGCAUGUUGAGUCACAAGGCUGUAGUUCUGGGCUACUCCAGGCCCAAGAAGGACAAGUCGAAGAGGAACAGCAAGAAAGCCAAAGGACUGAAUGCUUGCGAGAAGAGGGCGAUGAAGAUCUUCCAGCUCAAGCCUGAACACCAGAGAUACGAGCUGUUCCUGCCUCUGCAUCAACUCUGGAAACAGUACAUUAUUGACCUGUGCAAUGGAUUGAAACCUACAAGCAGUCCACAGUUUGUGCAGCAGAAGCUUCUGAAGGCUGACUUCCAUGGUGCCAUCAUCACAGUGGUCCGGUCUAAAUGUCCAUCAUAUGUGGGGACUACUGGGAUUUUAGUUCAGGAGUUCAAACAUGUCUUCAAAAUCAUCACCAAAGAGGACAGACUAAAAGUGAUCCCUAAGAGAAACAGUGUGUUUGCAGUGGAGAUCAACGGCUUCGUCUCUCACAUUUAUGGAAGCAAGUUUGAGCAGCGAGCAAGUGAGCGCUCUGCCAAGAAAUUUAAAGUGAGAGGAACUAUCGACUUAUGAUGGCACUGACUCCCACUAAAGAACAAGAGAGACAUUACAUACUCAGACUUCUACUGCCCUCUAUUGGCCAUCAGAAGGAGCUGCAGCAAAGAUGAUCCGCGACAGCAAAAUCACAUCUGAAAAAUGAUACUUCAGUUUUUGGUUCAGUUGUUCACCUCACUGCAUAUGGACAACUUUCACAUGUAGGUACCACCUUAAUUUAAGGGGGAACUUUGAAGGGGAGUUUUGCACAUUCAAGAUCAGUUUACAGAGAGACUGCACUACAAACAUGGAGGUGUGCAGUUCUGAAUUACAUGGGUUUUUCGUUUGUGGGUAGAUUCUAUCAAAGAGACUGUCGCAUUGCAUUAUGAGAAGUGGAGGAAGUCAUUUUAGUUGGAAGACUACAAUUGAUGAUAGCUUCGCCUCUGUUGCUUCAAUCUUGAUCAGUCUUUGGGCUCUUGAAAAUCUCUGUAAUACCACAGUAAAUUGCUGGAAUUGCUGCUCCUUUAAAGAGUCAGUGUAGAAACACUUAGACAGGAUUUUACUGCAGUUUUAAGUUUCAGACUAUACACAGCCCUUCAGUUCAGUAAUUCUUGUGAUAGUAUGUCCUGAUAAAGCUGUUGCUUGAGUACAAAACUCCAGUAAACCAGUGAAAGUCUCAAGCGCUCAAGGGUAUAUGGUCUUUCUCAGAAGUUUGAGUGAAGAAAAAUAAAAUCGUUUUAUUUAGGAGGAAAUGUCAGCUGUCAGACGGAAGCAUUGAGUUUAAAUUUUAGUAUUCAUAAAAACUUUUCUUUGGCUUAUUUUUGAUCUUUUUUUCCCACAAUGUAUAUUGUACAAGUAAAGGACAGGGCAAACAUUUGUUGUACCCUCACGAAUGGCUGUCUGCAAACUGUCGUCUUCUGUCAUUGGGAAACAUUAAGCAGGACUUCCUUUUUCUUGUCUGUGACAGAAAAUGUGAAACAUGGUGGUCUGUGAGCUGUUUCCUACUGAGCGCAAAUACAGCAUUAUUGUUGAGUAACAA